AUGGUCAACAAUCCAGAUGAGAUACACGUGGAGGGACUUGUCGUGUAUCGUCUACAGCGCCUUCGCUACCUUCGAACACUCCAUGGGCCGGCGGUGAUCAAUGAUUUGAGUCGCCCUCUUUACCGGGGCGGCUUAUCUGUGCAAGAGCUUGAUGUUGGCGACUUUGUAGAAGCUAUUAUGAUACCAACGGAGCCGAUUUACAAUUGGAGGCGUGAGAAUCCGUAUCGAGUGAUCAAAUUUGCGAAAAUCGACCCGCCAAAUGGAGUUGAAGUGACUGGGGAAGGCUACAGCACCGAGAUAAUAUGCGAUAUCAUUUAUAGUACCAUUCAAUUAAAUUCGAAGGGCGACUAUUGUGAUAUCUACAAAGCGCCGUUCAUCGAUAUGAUCUUCGAUUUAAACAAGAAAAUAAACAAGUCAAGCGACAAAGAUGCGAUCUACAAGUGCCGAAUGUCCAUCGAUAUGGUGCGAAAGAAAGCUGGUUCGGAGCUCGUCAUCAGAAGUCAUAUCAGCACCAGACUCCCAGAUAAAGAUGUCUCAACUUAUGAACCACCUUUUCGUCGGGCAAAUAACUCCCCAUCGAUGAGAGAGUAUCAAGAAGCGUCUUCGUCAUUUUGUUCUCUCACACCGACGCCUCCUAUACAGAAGCAAAAGUUUUUAGAUUCUGAUGUUCCUCGUAGAAACACUUAUCAGCCAGAACCUAGACAAGUACUUUCACCGAGGAUUGUCGAUGGAGAACCGAAUCCUCAUCCACAUGUCAUUGAUGAUCGAGAAGAGAGAUGCAAAAAGUUCUUCUUUCAACUAUGGCGUCAUAAAGAAAUUCGAGAAGCAAUUGAAGAGCAAGGAGGCGAUUUGUUUGACGACAUCAUUCAUCGAUUGUCCAUUGACGUU